AAGCCAAUGGAGGAACGAGUGUCCCGGGAAAAAAAAGGCGAAAAACGAGAAAACAAAUCAUUUCUUAACAUUUUUAGUGAUCUAAGGUUUUAAAUUCAAGUAUUCAGAUAUGCCAAGAAGGAAGAAUAAAGGUUUAGAUACCCAAAAUGGUUCCGAUGAGGAAACAGGUGUUGGACUUGGAUCACAAGCUACCCAGAAACGUAGGGGUAGGAAAAGACACGAUCCUGCUGAAGACGAUGAAGACGGAGGAACACAGUCUUCUCAGGCUAAAAUUACUCUCAGCAAAGCCGAGAUGGAUCGGAAAGUGGCAGAUUUUGUAAGGUAUAUUUUGUUUAUGGAUUCAAAGAAGACAGCUGUUAGACGUUCAGAUCUCAAUAAGCAUGUCCUCAAAGAGCAUACAAAGUUGUUUGUUCCAGUAUUCACUGAGGCACAAAACAAAAUUAAAAAGACAUUUGGUUAUGAACUUCUUGAAACAGAACUGAACAAACAAAAGGUUUAUAUUCUGUUAAACAAGAUGCAAGAAGAAGCAAACCAAGUUGUUCAAAGCAAUGCUGACGAUCAGCCUAAACUGGGAUUGUUAUUGGUUAUUUUGGCAACAAUAUUUAUGAAAGACAAUGUUUUGAAUGAAGGUACUCUUUGGGAUACUUUGAAAAGACUUGGAGUUUUCAAAGGUGAAAACCAUGAAAUUUUUGGUGAUGUUGAGAAAUUGAUAACCGUGGAAUAUGUUAAGCAAAUGUAUUUGGACCGAAAGAAAGUCAUCACUGGUGAUACCGCAACAUACGAGUAUAGAUGGGGUGUCAGAUCACAACAUGAAAUAACUAAGAGACAAGUUCUUGAAUUCGUUGCUCAGGUCUAUGGCACAGAGGUGCAGGCAUGGACAGCAAAAUAUAAGGAAGUUGUACAGGAGGAAGAGGGUGAUUCAGGAAGUGAUUAGAUCUAUGGUGUGGUACGUCAUGUAGGUGGGAUAUUGCUUGUAAGAAUGUGGUUCUGAACCAUCUUCAGUGAUAGCCUGAAACACAGACCUUCAGACAGUGAUGACAAGAUUCAUUCUUCAAUACCCUUGACUAUUAUAAAAUAUGUUUUGUUAAUCCAGUUCUGAAAAGCUGUUGAAUGUAGCUGAAUAUAGCUUGUUGAAUAACUGUUGGGAGAAAAUACGGCGCAUUAGAGUGGACUCUUUAGAACUCUAUAGCUCUGACAUUGAUAUUUAAUAUUCCAUUUUUAAGGGAUUUUCUCUACAAAAUUCAUCAAUUGUACAUACACGUGUAAGCAUAUUGAUUCAUUAUAAACUGUUGUUUGUUAUUUCUAACUGCACGCGGCCAUU